ACGGUAAGAGAAUUCUGAGGCUAACGCCGGCGGGAGAGAGUGAUGAGGAGAGGCUAAACUUCAUCGAGGAGAUGACAGAGAACUGCGACGAGGUUCAGGGAAUAGUAUUGGCUGAGAUACUGAAACAGAAUGGACAAACAGAGUAUCUUCGCCGGUACAGUCUCGCCGCCGGCGACGGCGCCGCCGCUGACAGAGCGGCCUUCAAGGCCAACAUACCGGUCGUAACGUACGAGGAUUUACAGCCUGAGAUUCAACGAAUAGCCAAUGGGGAUCACUCUGCCAUUCUCUGCGGUCAUCCCAUUUCCGAGUUUCUUACGAGUUCUGGAACUUCAGCUGGCGAGAGGAAGCUGAUGCCCGCCAUAAGCGAUGAUCUUGACCGUCGGCAGCUUCUCUAUAGCCUCCUCAUGCCCGUCAUGAAAAAAUAUGUCGCUGGGCUUGACAAAGGCAAAGCUCUGUAUUUUUUGUUCGUGAAAGCGGAGAGCAAAACACCCGGCGGCUUGCUCGCCCGCCCGGUUCUCACCAGCUACUACAAAAGCCGCCAUUUCCAACUCCGGCCGCCGCCUUCCGAAGAUCCUUUCAAUGUAUACACAAGCCCAACCGCCGCCAUUCUCUGCGCCGACGCCCACCAAAGCAUGUACAUCCAAAUGCUCUGCGGCCUCCUCCACCGCCACGAAGUCCUCCGCGUCGGCGCCGUCUUCGCCUCCGGCCUCCUCCGGGCCAUCCACUUCCUCCAAACGCAUUACCCCCAACUCGCAGCCGACAUCGCCACAGGCGAACUUUCCCCUUCCAUCACAGACCCUUCUCUUCGCGCCUCCGUCGCAGAAACCCUGAAGCCCAACCCCGAUCUCGCCAGCUUCAUCACGGACGAGUGUUCGAAGGCCGAUUGGGCCGGAAUCAUAACCCGCAUCUGGCCCAACACCAAAUACCUCGACGUCGUCAUCACCGGCGCCAUGGCUCAGUAUAUCCCCACCCUUCAAUUUUACAGCGGCGGGCUUCCGAUGGCGAGCACGAUGUACGCCUCUUCGGAAUGCUAUUUCGGGCUUAAUCUAAAGCCAAUGUGCCCUCCUGAUGAUAUUUGCUACACCAUUCUGCCCAAUAUGGGAUAUUUCGAAUUCCUCCCCGUCUCCGGCGACGGAGAAGAAAUCGUAGACCUCGCCGGCGUCGAGGUCGGCAAAGAGUACGAGCUCGUCGUCACCACCUAUGCCGGAUUAUAUCGUUACCGCGUCGGAGACGUUCUCCAAGUCAGCGGCUUUCACAAUUCUGCCCCCAAAUUCAAGUUCUUGAGGAGGAAGAACGUUGUACUGAGCAUUGAAUCGGAUAAAACAGAUGAGGCGGAGUUGCAGAGAGCAGUGGAGAGGGCGGCGGCGGUGUUGGAGGCUGCGGCGGCCGGUCUGAGCGUGGUGGAAUACACAGCUCACGCGUGUACAGAUACGAUUCCCGGCCAUUAUGUCAUCUACUGGGAACUACUAUGGCGGCGUAAGGAGGAGGAGGAGGAGGAGAAGGUGGAAGGAGAAGUAAUGGAGAAAUGUUGUUUGGAGAUGGAGGAGGAGAUGAAUUCGGUUUAUAAACAGAGCAGAGUGGCGGACCGGUCCAUUGGACCGCUCGAGAUCCGGGUCGUUCGAACCGGGACUUUUGAGGAGUUGAUGGACUAUGCGAUAUCGAGAGGAGCUUCAAUUAAUCAGUAUAAGGUGCCGCGUUGUGUUAAUUUCAAGCCGAUUUUGGAGCUUUUGGAUUCGAGGGUGGUUUCUACUCAUUUUAGCAAGGGGCUGCCGAGAUGGAGUCCUGGCCGGUUCGAUUAGACCGGUGAAAGCCGGACCGGUUCGGUUUGGAUAUCAGGGUGAAAUAUUAUUACAAUUGUUAAAAAUAAAUAAUAUAAAUAAUGUGAUGAAAUCAUGGAACUAUGUAUUUGUUUGAUGAAAAUUAAUUAAUAAAUAAAGUUUCUUUA